ACCAGCAGCACAACUGCAGCUACCACGGGGGACAAAACAACGAAUGAAUGUCAGGAUAGUGGACUUCAGCGUAGGAGAGCUGCUGUUUUCAUUUAACUUCACUCCAUUUUUUAUAACUCAUAAUCAGCUUUAUACAACGAUAAGAAGCACAGCUGUAGAUGAGUCAACAUGCCGACCGGAUCAGUGAAAUUGCAGAGUAUCAAAAAAUUGGGACAGGAAAACCACAGCUAUGAGGUUUCAGAUGACGAACCAGCUGGCACCUAUAUGACCAUGACAACUCCCAAGGAGAAGAAGAAAGCUGAGGAAAACACAGAGCAGCCAGCGAUAAGGGUUGGCUUCUUUCAGCUGUUCCGUUUUGCCACAUGCAACGAGACGCUGAUGAUGGUUGUGGGCAGUGUGUGUGCGGUGCUGCACGGUUCAGCCCAGCCUCUCAUGCUGCUGGUGUUCGGCCUGCUCACCGACACCUUCAUCGAGUACGACAUCGAGCUCAAUGAGCUGGCCGACGACAGGAAGGAGUGUGUGAACAACACCAUCCAGUGGAAGAGGAACUACACAAAUCACAGCCCGGGAACGCCACUGAACUUUAGCAACUUUGACAAUGCAACAUGGGAGAUGUUAUCACCAAUCAAGAACAGGACGUGUGGGAUUCUCGACAUUGAAUAUGAAAUGACCUUGUUUGCCUUCUAUUAUGUUGGAAUUGGAGCAGCUGUAUUCAUUUUGGGAUACUUGCAGAUCUCUCUAUGGGUGACGGCUGCUGCCAAGCAGAUUCAGCUCAUCAGGAAAAUGUAUUUCAGUAAAGUGAUGAGGAUGGAGAUCGGCUGGUUCGACUGCACCUCCGUGGGGGAGCUCAACACUCGCAUGUCAGAUGAUAUCAACAAGAUCAACGAUGCUAUCGCGGAUCAAGUAGCCAUUUUUUUGCAGCGCUUCACCACCUUUGUGUGUGGCUUCUGCAUUGGCUUUGUGAAAGGAUGGAAGUUAACACUUGUCAUCGUUGCAGCAAGUCCACUGAUUGGUGUUGGAGCUGGGCUUAUGGCUCUGUUUGUGGCUAAGAUGACCGGUUUGGAGCUGCAGGCCUAUGCCAAAGCUGGCGCCAUAGCCGAUGAGGUCCUCUCCUCUAUCAGGACUGUGUCUGCUUUUGGUGGGGAGUUGAAAGAAGUGCAAAGGUAUGACAAGAACUUGAUCUCAGCUCAGCGCUGGGGCAUCAGGAAAGGUCUGAUCAUGGGCUUUUUCACUGGGUACAUGUGGCUGAUCAUCUUCCUGUGCUAUGGUCUGGCCUUCUGGUACGGCUCCAGUCUUGUGGUUGAUACUGAGGAGUAUACACCAGGAACAUUACUGCAGGUAUUUUUUGGUGUUCUGAUAGCGGCCAUGAAUUUGGGGCAGGCCUCUCCAUGUCUUGAAGCGUUUGCUGCAGGCCGUGGAGCUGCUACCAUCAUCUUUGAGACUAUUGACAGAGAGCCGGAGAUUGACUGUUUAUCUGAGGCUGGGUACAAGCUUGACAGGGUCAAAGGAGAUAUUGAGUUUCACAAUGUGACUUUCCACUACCCCUCCAGGCCUGAAGUCAAGAUCUUGGACCAGCUCAGUGUUUCGGUGAAGUCAGGGGAGACCACAGCGUUUGUAGGGCCAAGUGGAGCUGGAAAGAGUACUGCUAUUCAACUCAUCCAGCGCUUCUACGACCCUAAAGAAGGAAUGGUGACCCUGGACGGUCAUGACAUCAGAGGGCUGAACAUCCAAUGGCUGCGCUCGCUGAUUGGCAUUGUGGAGCAGGAACCUGUGCUGUUUGCCACCACCAUUGCUGAGAACAUACGCUACGGUCGACCCCGUGUCACAAUGGACGACAUCAUCAGUGCCACCAAGGAGGCCAAUGCAUACAACUUCAUCAUGGAUCUGCCACAGAAAUUUGACACCUUGGUGGGAGAGGGUGGAGGUCAGAUGAGCGGCGGUCAGAAGCAACGUAUUGCCAUCGCCCGGGCGCUGGUCAGGAACCCUCGUAUCCUGCUGCUGGACAUGGCGACCUCUGCCCUCGACAACGAAAGCGAGGCUACAGUUCAAGAGGCUUUGGAUAAAGUACGCAUGGGUCGCACCACCAUCUCCAUCGCUCACCGGCUGUCCACUAUAAAGAAUGCUGAUGUGAUUGUGGGAUAUGACCAUGGCCGGGCUGUGGAGAAGGGCAAACACAAUGAGCUGCUGGAGCGGAAGGGGGUCUACUUCACUCUGGUCACCCUGCAGAGCCAAGGAGACAAGGCCCUGAAUGAGAAGGCUCAACAAAUGGCUGACAAUAACGAAGAGCCGGAGAAGCUCAGCCUAUCCAGAGCCGGCAGCUACCGUGCCAGUUUGAGAGCAUCCAUCCGCCAGCGGUCCAGAUCCCAGCUGUCCAACUUGAUCCCAGAGUCUGCUGUUCCUAUAGCUGGAGAGCUCGGCCCUAGAGCCUAUGCUGUGUCACAGGGAGACAAAUCCAAGGAAGACAUCCCGGAAGAGGAGGAGGAGGAACUCGUGGAGCCAGCUCCAGUUGCCAGGAUCCUGAAGUACAAUAUACCCGAGUGGCCAUACAUGCUUUUUGGAUCCCUCGGGGCUGCCGUAAACGGAGGAGUCAACCCUGUCUAUUCUUUAUUGUUCAGUCAAAUCUUGGCGACAUUCUCACUUACAGAUCCUGAGGCUCAGAGGCGGGAGAUUGAUGGUAUCUGCCUGUUCUUCGUCAUGGUUGGCGUGGUCUCUUUCUUCACCCAGAUGCUGCAGGGUUAUGCAUUCUCUAAGUCUGGAGAGCUGCUGACCCGCAGGUUACGGCGGCUAGGCUUCCACGCCAUGCUGGGCCAAGAGAUCGGCUGGUUUGAUGAUCACAGGAACAGCCCUGGAGCUCUGACCACACGUCUGGCGACUGAUGCCUCCCAAGUUCAAGGGGCCACAGGCUCACAGAUCGGUAUGAUCGUCAACUCCCUGACCAACAUCGGUGUGGCCAUCAUCAUGUCCUUCUACUUCAGCUGGAAGCUCACGUUGCUCAUCCUGUGCUUCCUGCCAUUCAUCGCUCUGUCAGGUGGCUUCCAGGCUAAGAUGCUCACAGGCUUCGCAAAGCAGGACAAGCAGGCCAUGGAGGCUGCUGGACAGAUUUCUGGUGAGGCUCUAAACAACAUCCGCACCAUCGCAGGCCUGGGGAAGGAGAGGAGUUUUGUGGACAUGUAUUAUGCCCAGCUGGAUGCUCCAUACGAGGCAGCCUUGAAGAAGGCUAAUGUGUAUGGAGCCUGCUAUGGUUUCGCCCAGUGCGUCGUCUUCUUGACCAACUCCGCCUCCUACAGGUUUGGGGGUUACUUGGUGCGACAGGAGGGGCUCCACUUCAGCCUGGUGUUCAGGGUCAUCUCAGCCAUCGUCACCAGCGGCACAGCCCUCGGCAGAGCCUCCUCUUACACCCCAGACUACGCCAAGGCCAAGAUUUCAGCUGCACGUUUCUUCCAGCUGCUUGACCGAGUGCCGAGCAUCAGCGUUUACAGUGACAAGGGAGAUAAAUGGGAUAACUUCCAAGGCAACAUUGAGUUCAUUGACUGCAAGUUUACUUACCCCACCAGACCAGAUAUCCAGGUUCUCAAUGGGCUGAAUGUGUCGGUGAAGCCUGGCCAGACGCUGGCAUUUGUUGGCAGCAGUGGCUGCGGGAAGAGCACCAGCGUGCAGCUGCUGGAGAGGUUUUAUGAUCCUGAUCAUGGCAGAGUGCUGAUUGAUGGCCAUGACUCUACUCGUGUCAACGUGCCCUUCCUGCGAUCCAAGAUUGGCAUCGUAUCCCAGGAGCCCAUCUUGUUUGACUGCAGCAUCGCAGAGAACAUCAAGUAUGGCGACAACUUGCGGGAAAUCGGCAUGAAUGAGAUCAUCUCGGCCGCCAAGAAGGCCCAGCUUCAUGACUUUGUCAUGUCACUUCCUGAGAAAUACGACACCAAUGUCGGCGCCCAAGGUUCUCAGUUGUCUCGCGGUCAGAAGCAGCGUAUUGCCAUUGCCAGGGCAAUCAUACGCGACCCCAAGAUCCUCCUCCUGGAUGAGGCCACUUCUGCCCUGGACACCGAGAGCGAGAAGACCGUGCAAGACGCGCUGGACAAAGCCAGAGAAGGACGGACCUGCAUCGUUAUCGCCCAUCGCCUGUCGACCAUUCAGAAUUCUGACAUUAUCGCAGUCAUGUCCAGGGGCUUUGUGAUCGAGAAAGGAACGCACGACCAGCUCAUGGCCCUGAAGGGAGCUUACUACAAGCUGGUCACCACAGGAGCAACAAUUAGCUAACUGCUCGGAGAGUGUAGCCAAUUAGCAAGGCAGCCGAGAGAAACGAAUGUACAGAACAGUGUUAUUGCCAUCUAGAGAGGCCAGGUCUGGAAUAUUUCACAUACUUUAGAUCACUAAGUAUGUUUAAAAAAAAGUAAGAUGCACCUGUUUACUCUUAAAGUAUUUAUUUUAGGGUAGGGAUUGUUGUCAUGAAGAGCAGGGUUUUGUGAGAUACACCAUAUUAUUGUUUGGAGUAUUUUAAGAUUACUCAAUGUAUUUCUGAUGUUUUAUUUCUCAUCUUUUCUUUACAUCUUGAGUAGUGGAUCUAUCCUACUGCACAUUCACACACUACCAAAUAACAGGCAAGUGUGAACCGCGGCUUGGAAAUGCUAACACACAGUACAUUUCCUUCCUUCAAGAAUUACUUUUACAUUUUGGAAAAUAAUUGUGGGCUUAUUCAUAUUCUUGCUGAAAGUUAGAUGAGAAGAUUGGUACCACUUGUGCUAGAUAAGAAGCAGACGAUUAGCGCAGGUUACAUGAAAAGUGAAAACAUUGGGAACAGCUAGCUAGCUAUACCUACAAACACACAACUCCUACAAAACCACAAAAGUAGGAGGAGGUAGGCUAACUAUUUCCCUCCAUUUUUAGUCUUUAUACUGCAUGAAGCAGUAUACUUCUGAAAAUGUUAAACUAUGUUUUCAAACAGUAUGUCAGACAGAAACCACUCAAAAUAGUAUGUUAUUUAUGUACAGUAUGUGUUGACAGAUAAUUCAAUGUAAUUGCUUUAUUAAUUGUAUUUCUUCUUGCUCUUGAAUUUGUGUUGUUUUCAGCCUUCACAUUGUACUGCAAUUCAGUGGGGUUGGUCUUAUUUUUUUUAUUCUGUAUGUGACAGUUAAAUAAAAACCAUAUAAACCA